CCUGUACAAAAAAGGAAAGAAACAGUCGUACGAUUUCGUUUUCUUAUCGGAGUGAUAUGGAAUGCGGGGAUAUGAAAUAGUAAUAGAUAUACACAUAUAUCUAAAACACAUGCAUAACAGUUAGUGAGAACAAGUCAGAUUCUAUUAGAGGACACAUGUUGGUUUGCAUCAAUGAAGUAUUACCACUGAUCUCUGUGCCAGCCUCGAGGGUGCCUGUAUGCAAGGCUCUGCACUGUCCUACCCAGGCAGCACCAUGGGGACUGUGAGCACUCAUCGCAUCAUCUACUUCAUGGGGUUCUUGGACCUCUUGGGAGUCAGUCUUAUCCUGCCCUUGAUCCUACCUGUGGUCAACAGCCUUGGAGCUUCUCACAUCACAGCUGGAUGUAUCACUUCUCUCUAUGGUGCUAUACAGUUGCUGUCAAGCCCAUUAGCAGGGUGGUGGAGUGAUGGGAUAGGGCGUCGUCCUGUGCUACUGGUGUGCACACUGGCCACAGCACUCAGCUAUGUGUUGCUAGGGGCUUCCAGCUCCCUGUUGGUUAUUGUCAUCGCCAGAGUCAUUGCAGGCGUGUUCAAGCACAGCCAAACCAUGUGCCGUGCUGUCCUGGUGGAUGUCACCCGCGUCCAGGACAGAUCACACGUGUUUGGCACCUUCAACGCCACGUCCAGCAUGGGCUUCAUCGUGGGCCCUAUGCUGGGAGGUCAUCUUUCAGAGCUACAUAAUGGCUUCACGGUCGUCUGCAACUUGGCAGCAGCUUUAUUUAUAGUUGACUUUGUCCUGUGCUGGUUGUUCAUCCCAGAGAAAGCCAACAACCAGAGUCGAGUGGAGGCCAAGACUCCCACAAAUCAGCCCCGCCAGUCACGCUCCCUCAUUCACGACAUUGAGUGGAGCAUAUUCUGGGACGUUUUUCUCAUCCGCUUCUUCUUGAGCUUCUCUUCUCUCGUGUAUAGAUCAAAUUUUUCUCUAUUGAUAAAGGAAAAUUUUGGAGCGAGUCCGAAAGUCAUCGGAUACCUAAUUUCAUUUCAGGGAAUCAUCAGUGCGACAGCAGGCUUUUUAACGGGCCGGGUGUCCAAAUUAUAUCAUAACUCCUCGCAAGAGUUGUUCCACAGCUCCAUUCUGUUGUGUUUAGCCCUCUUUGGACUUACGGUCGCCCCGUCGCUUCCCUUCUUGCUGAUAUGUCUGGUGCCGCUAUGCAUCAGCACCGCUGUCAUACGAGUCAGCAGCACCGCUGUCACAAUUGGUCGCUGCAGACCGUCACAGGUUGGCUCAAUCACUGGCUUCGGGCAGAGCAUUGCCUCCGUGGCGCGGAUGGUUACACCAAUUGUGGCUGGUGCGGCUCAGCAAACCAGCCUUUACGGGCCUGGCCUCAUAGGAACGGUGGCAGCCGCCGUCGGGGCAACAUUCGCUGGCUUUGUGUCACGUGAAGUAAAGCUGAAAGAGUUGUAGGUAAUACCACAAUGAUAUUUGACAUCAUUGUGACAUUUAUUGCAACAGGGAUUAUAGUGUAUAAGCUAUUCUAGUCUCUAUGAGUCGAUGUGUGGGACCAUGACUGAAGUGCACGAGUUUAGGUCGUCAGUCUUUUAUUCAGGAAUCAAUUACAGUGCGGUCAGUGACAAAAGUGACGAGAAUCUAAUGACGUGCAAACAGGUCGGGGACUCUGGUGGUGUCCAGGACAAGAUUAGAGAAAUUCCCAGCGAGUGAGGUUAGGCCACGUGCCAUGAAUGACUCCCACAAACAACGAAAAUAUAAUUGUGCAUUUUAAUGCAGGUACGGCGAGUGGUGUUUGUUACAGAAGUCCUAAUUUUGAUAAACUAAACGUAGCUUCAUAAUGCAUUCCAUUAAAAAAAAUAAACUGGGAUCUGUCACAUUCAUAAUUGGAGAUAAGCUCCUGAUUACACCGUUGUAUGUGCUUAGUAACUCAGUAACAAGCUCCUCGUGCCAUGGAUCGUUCCAGUGGACUCCUGUGUAGCUGCUUGUCUUGGGAAUCAUUGGUUCGGGAUUCAUGAAAAAUCUGAUACUAACGUGGAAUAAAAUACCGUGAAGAAAUCUAAAUAACACACACACACACACACACACACACACACACACGCAUUGAAUCUGAAGCUGAAGCUGAUCACACUGUUUCGGGAUUAUGAGUGCGGAUGGGUCAUAAUUAUUUUAUGAUACAGGAGGUCAUGAAUGAUAACUGAGUUAGAUGAAGAAGAAUUAUAUUAUGAUAUGCACUGAGUACUUAAUAAAAGUUUGCAAAAUUGCUACA